UAACACCUAUGAAAACACAGCUGUCCCUUCCUAUGAAGAACACAGGAACAGUCAGUACUGGGGUCUUUUCAUUCACAACAUCAACACAGAUCUCUCAUCUAGAAAGCAUCAUGGCAUGUAAGGAUCUCUUAAACUCGUGUGUAAAGCUUCUGCUGCUGUCGGUGGUGUUGUGCGCGUCACGCGCCUCUGCUGACAAGACUAAAACUCUCGACUUCGAUGUCAAACCUGGAGGAGUUGUGCAGACUUUCUCUGCUAAACUUAAAAAGUAUAAAUGUACCUUCACGUAUGCUUGUCAAGGAGGAACCAACGAGCAAUGGCAAAUGAGCGUUGGAUUGAGUGACGAUGACCAGAUGUUUUCCUGUUCAGUAUGGAGGCCCCAAGGGAAGUCAUACUUGUUUUUUACCCAGUUCAAAGCUGAGCUAAAAGGAGCCAAGAUUGAGUAUGCCACUGCAUAUUCCCAGACGGCGGUGGGUGAACAGAGGGAUGUUGCUUUGAAGGAAGAAGAGUACAAUGUGUCCGAGUCUUCAGUGACCCACAGAGAAGGGAAAUUCCAUUCUGAGCUUUCCAAGCUCACUGUCAUUGGUCGGACACGGCAUGAUGAACUCUGAUUGGCCGAUCUGAAAGAGGAUUGUCCCAUCACUCAAGGACAUCUAUUUAACAGCUAUGGACACUCUGGCACUUAACUGCUCACUGUCAUAAGUCAAGCCAAGUGGUAGGAAGUAAUGAGAAAAAAAAAAAACAUCC